GCGCGCGCGACCUAUAUAUAAUGCGCUCCCAGCCCCCACUACGAGAGAGAAAGGCAGCAGAGAAGAAAACAGGGGCUGGUGUCCGGUCCACGAUCCAGAGCGAGAAACAAAACAUACCCCCCCUUCCCGGCCAGCUGCUUUGACCCAUUUCGUGUCCGGCGAUCUCAACCUUGGUCUGCGCCGACGAGGGGGAGAGCUUCUUUCUACGGUCAUGGCGUCGAUGGAGCUGCUGGGGAGAUCGCUCCUGCAGGCAGGCUCUGCAAGCACCGCGGCGCCGCGCGGCGGCCGGGAGCGCGCGGGCGGCGGGCUCUGCUUCGCGAGCCUGGGCGGGAGGCCGUCGAGGAGGACGGUGAGGUCGAAGGCGCCGGUGGGCGCCCUGGCCGAGCGGGUCGUCCUCACCCCGGCGCCGGCGGAGAGGGUGGCCCGGCCGGAGGCGCACCCGCAGAGCGUGGCGGCGAGGGCCGUGGUCACCGUGCGCCGGAAGCGCAAGGUGGAGGUCAAGGAGCAGGUCGCCGAGCAGAUGGACGCCUACGCCGACAGGGUCGGCCGGAGCGUCCUGCUCGAGCUCAUCAGCACGGAGACGGACCCGAGAAAGGGAGGCCCCAAGAAGAGCAGGAAGUCGAGGCUGGUGGGGUGGUUCGAGAAGCGGGACGUCAAGGCGGAGCUGGUGGUGUACACGGCGGGGUUCACCGUCGACGCGGCCUUCGGCGAGCCGGGCGCGGUCACCGUCCUCAACCGGCACCAGCGCGAGUUCUUCAUCGAGAGCAUCCUGGUGGAGGGCUUCCCGUCCGGCCCGGCGCACUUCACCUGCAACUCGUGGGUCCAGCCCACCCGCGUCGACCCCGCCCCGCGGGUCUUCUUCACCAACAAGCCCUACCUGCCGUCCAAGACGCCGCCGGGGCUGAGGGAGCUCCGGCGACGGGAGCUCAAGGAGCUGCGCGGCAGCGGCACCGGCGUGCGCAAGACCACCCACCGGGCCUACGACUACGACGUGUACAACGACCUGGGCAACCCGGACAAGGGCGCCGGGUUCGAGCGCCCCGUCCUCGGCGGCGACAAGCUCCCGUACCCGCGGCGGAUGCGGACGGCCCGGCCAAGCACCGUCACAGACGAGGGCGCGGAGAGCAGGGUGGAGUACCCGGAGCCCAUCUACGUGUCGCGGGACGAGGAGUUCGAGGAGGGCAAGAACGAGAUGCUGUCCGAGGGCGCCAUCAAGGCGCUGCUCCACAACUUCAUGCCGCUGCUGGUGAGCUCCGUCUCGCCGGACAGCCGCGACUUCGCCGGCUUCCACGACGUCGACAACCUCUUCAAGGAGGGCCUCCGCCUCAAGCAGGCCCUGCACGACCAGCUCUUCCAGAAGAUCCCCUUCGUGCGCAAGAUCCAGGAGAACAGCGAGGGCCUCCUCCGCUACGACACCCCCGACAUCAUCAAGAAGGACAAGUUCGCGUGGCUGCGCGACGACGAGUUCGCGAGGCAGGCGCUGGCUGGCAUCAACCCCGUCAACAUCCAGCGGCUUCAGGUGUUCCCGCCGGUGAGCAGGCUCGACCCGGCCGUCUACGGCCCGCCGGAGUCGGCCAUCACGGAGGAGCACAUCAUCGGGAACCUGGACGGCAUGUCGGUGCAGCAGGCGCUGGAGGAGAACAAGCUCUACAUGCUGGACUACCACGACAUCUUCAUGCCUUUCCUGGACCGGAUCAACUCGCUGGACGGCCGCAAGGCCUACGGGACGCGCACGCUCUUCUUCCUGACGGCCGGGGGCACGCUGAAGCCCAUCGCCAUCGAGCUGUGCCUGCCGCCGAUGACCGACGACUGCAAGCGCGCCAAGCGGGUGUUCACGCCCCCCGCCGACGCCACCAGUAUCUGGCUGUGGCAGCUCGCCAAGGCCCAUGUCUGCUCCAACGACGCCGGCGUCCACCAGCUCAUCAACCACUGGCUGAGGACGCACGCGUGCAUGGAGCCCUUCAUCAUCGCGGCGCACCGGCAGAUGAGCGCCAUGCACCCCAUCUUCAAGCUGCUCAAGCCGCACAUGCGGUACACGCUUAAGAUCAACGCGCUGGCGCGGCAGAUCCUCAUCAACGGAGACGGCGUGAUCGAGUCCGGGUUCACCCCCGGCCGCUACUGCAUGGAGAUGAGCUCCUUCGCCUACGACAACCUCUGGCGGCUCGACCAGGAAGGCCUCCCCGCCGACCUCAUCAGAAGAGGUAUGGCCGUGGAGGACGCGAGCCAGCCGCACGGGCUCCGGCUGCUCAUCGAGGACUACCCCUACGCCACCGACGGGCUGCUCCUCUGGUCGGCUAUCGCGCGGUGGUGCGAGGCCUACGUGGCGGCCUACUACCCCUCCGACGAGGCCGUGCAGGACGACUACGAGCUGCAGUCAUGGUACACGGAGGCCGUGCAGGUGGGGCACCCGGACAAGUGCGACGCGCCGUGGUGGCCGCGCCUCACGACGGCCGGCGACCUCGCGUCCCUGCUCACGACGCUGGUGUGGCUGUGCUCGGCGCAGCACGCGGCGCUCAACUUCGGCCAGUACCCGCUCGGCGGCUACAUCCCCAACCGGCCGCCGCUCAUGCGCCGGCUGGUGCCGGCCGAGGGCGACCCGGAGUACGAGCACCUCGUCGCGGACCCGCACCGGUUCUACCUGUCGGCGCUGCCCAGCCUCACGCAGACGACGACGUUCAUGACGGUCAUCGACACGCUGUCCACGCACUCCGCCGACGAGCAGUACCUCGGGGAGCGGCCCAACGAGGAGUGGACGGCGGACCCGGCGGCGCUGGCUGCUGCGCAAGAGUUCGCGGCGGAGGUGCGCCGCGCCGAGGAGGAGAUCGAGCGGCGCAACGCCGACCCCGCCCGGCGCAACCGCUGUGGCGCCGGCGUGCUGCCGUACGAGCUCAUGGCGCCGUCGUCCGGGCCGGGCAUCACCUGCCGAGGCGUCCCGAACAGCGUCACCAUCUAGCCCGCAGAGAGUAAAUUCAAGGGACCGUGGGAAUUUUUCAGCCUCGAUAUACUUUGGCCAGGGAACGUCUCAGGGAAAGUAGAUAUAAGAGAGAAACGCCAUUGAUUUGGGCCCUCGCCAUGAAGGCCGAAUCGCCAUUGAUUUGGGCCCAGAUAGGAGAAGAUUUAAUUGCAUUUUUUUUCUGUUAAAAAAUUGGGGCAUGCUAAUAUAGUGGAAUGUGUAAAUGAUCUUGUAAGUUCCUAUAGUAAAGGGAUUCCGACAGAUGCUUGAAACGUGUGUAAAUCAAUGGAAAAUAAUUCAGAGUA